AUGUGGGUCCUGGACAAAAUUCGAAGCUCAGUGGAGAAUGUGCCCCGUCCAGGCACGUUCGACCCAAAUGACAAACAAGACAAAGCCCCCAUCUACAGCAAUGUUCUCACACCUGACAAAAUCCCCGACUUCUUCAUUCCUCCCAAACUGGUGAGCUGUCCACCAGAGGCUGAAACACCAGACGUGAAGCCCAAGGAGGGUCUGCAGCCCUCGACCUCAGAGCAGACUAUUGACAACAGGACGAUCAACAGCCCUCGUAGUCCUCGUCUGGUCAGCAAACUUACUGGAGAUACCAAAAACUUGUUGAGGGCAGCAAAUCGUCAUAUUAUUCAAAUUGAGAGUGCGGAUGAUGUUGUUGCUGGUGACACUAAUGCUGAUCCUCAGUCUCAAACAGCUAUGUCCCUGCCUUAUAUCCCUAAGACUCAGACCUCUUAUGGAUUUGCCACUCUAAUGGAGAGUCCCCACACUCGUCGGAAAGAAUCCUUGUUUCACUGCGACCACACAAGUCCAGUCACGUCCCCCAACACCCAUCGCAAGUCUCAGGGCAAGAGCACCAUUGAGGUUAACCAUCUUAAUCCUCUGGACUUUAACACAUCUCACAUCAAUCCAUACCGCUACUUCAGCGGGGGUGAGAGUGACACCUGUUCCUCAGCAGAAUCCUCUCCCUUUAGCUCACCCCUGCUGUCUCGGUCCGCUUCUUUUCUCAAGAUCUUCACCCAUGAAACCCAAGCCAAAGUUGUCAAGGCUAAGAGGAAGUUUGCCCGACAUAGUUCACUUUCCACAGAUGAGUGCAGUUCAGCAGAGCCCAGCCCGAGCGUCCCCAGGCGGCUCCACUCUCCCGCAGGCGGUGGACCUCUGGAUCAUCUUCAUGGAAAAGACAGAUCGCAAAAGGAGCACACAGUCAACCUUCACAAGGGAGGAAAGGUUCGGCUUUAUGCUGAUUACGAUGCAGGGACAGCACGCUUGCGUGUUCGCAUUAUAGCAGCUGAGGACCUUUAUGAUCAGACGUUUGACAUAAAAAGCAUCAAUUGCUGCAUUUCACUCUACCUCAACCCAGGCAAGCAGCAGAAGCAGAGAAGCACCAUCAUGAAGAACAGCCGCAAUCCAGUCUUCAACGAGGAUUUCUUCUUUGAUUCAGUGAGCUCGACACAAGUGAAAAGCCUGGCUCUGAAGAUCAAAGUAGUGAACAAGGGAACUAGCCUGAAAAGGGACAGCUUGGUGGGCGAGAGAGAGGUUCCUCUGAUAAAGCUACUGUCUGGUCUUUAAGCCUGAACAAAGACUGAUAAAUGCUUACUGGGUCUGAAGUUA